CUACUAUAACAAUCACAAACAUACUCGUGCCACAGUUUUUACUUCCACCAGCAAUUUAAAACGUACAAUAAAUCAAAAAAUAUUUAUAGAAGAAUUAACAAGUUUCACGGCAAAAGUGACACAAACACGUUUUAAUUUAAAUUCUCAAAUCAGUUGUAAAAGAAUUUAGUUUUAGCUUUUAUCGCGUGUGGAUCGUAAAACUUGAAGAUUCAAACGUGUUGACUUAACGUUAUCUGAAGGAAUUAAUUGAUUGAACUAUAUAAUUCUUUUAAAUCCGAUAAAACCAACUAAACGAAAAUGGUUAAUUGUUGUUUACACCUGAACAGUGCUAAGUGAAGUUUUAAUGAAAAUGGGUCUGCGCACUAUCACAUUUGGUCAAGUGCUGGAAACUCUUUCGAGGAAGAAAGUUGUAGAAUUAGAAACAGGAACAAAGUUGGCAAAAGUGCUCACAACUUUGGAUUUGACUGCCUUGGGAGUGGGUAGUACUUUGGGGGUGGGUAUCUACGUACUAGCUGGAGAUGUUGCCAAAAAUAACGCAGGACCUGCUGUAACAGUGUCGUUUUUUAUUGCAGCCGUAACUUCAAUUCUUGCCGGGCUUUGUUAUGCUGAAUUUGGGGCAAGGGUGCCCAAAGCUGGCUCUGCCUAUGUUUACAGUUAUGUGUGUAUAGGAGAGUUAUUCGCAUUUAUCAUUGGAUGGAAUUUGAUACUGGAAUAUCUGAUAGGAUCUGCAACUGUUGUCAAAGCGCUAUUUCUUUACUUAGACGAACUAUCAAACAACGUAAUGUCUGAGUUUUUUCAAGAAAAUAUUCCCAUCGAAGCAGGAGGAGAACUAGGACAAUACGCUGACAUUUUUUCUUUGGGUCUAUCCUUCGUUUUUGCUGUUGCCAUAGCAUUAGGAGCGAAAGAAUCUACCUUAGUUAAUAACAUAUUCACUCUAGUCAAUUUACUUGUCGUUGCCACUGUUGUAAUCUCCGGAUUAUGGAAAGCCAAAGCUUCCAAUUGGUCUAUUCCAUCAGAGGAUGUCCCUUCAGGGAGUGGCACUGGCGGUUUUGCUCCGUUUGGCAUCAAAGGUGUGAUCCAAGGAGCCGCCAGAUGUUUCUUUGCUUUCAUUGGCUUCGAUUGUAUUGCCACAGCAGGUGAAGAGGCAAAAACUCCAAGCAAAUCUAUUCCCAUAGGUGUAGUAACAUCACUUCUCAUCGUGUUUUUUUCCUACUUUGGCAUUUCGACAAUACUUACAAUGAUGCUACCAUACUAUGAACAACACGAGAAAGCUCCUUUGACCCAUAUUUACGAUGUUGUUGGUUGGCCUGCCUUGAAAUACGUGGUCAGUGUUGGUGCAAUUUGUGGCCUUUUUUCGAGUUUAUUAGGAGCUAUGUUUCCUUUACCCAGGAUUAUUUACGCCAUGGCUUCCGAUGGUCUACUUUUCAAAGCUUUGGCUAUUGUUCAUCCCAAGUUUCAGACACCUUUUAUGGGGACUUUAAUUGCUGGAAGUAUCGCAGGCUGCUUGGCUUGUAUUUUUGACGUUGAUAAGUUGGCCAACAUGAUGUCUAUUGGAACACUUUUGGCAUAUUCCAUGGUAGCAGCUUGUGUUCUUAUCCUGAGGUAUGCUGUUGACGAAUGUGAGAAGAAAUUUGAAGACAAGGAAGAAUUGACUGGAACAAUGUAUUUCAAGCAAAUGUUUAACAGAAAAAGUCAAUUUCCGACAAGGUUAACUUCAUCUUUAGUUUCUUGGCUCGUUUUGGCGUAUUUUUCAGUUUCUUUUAUUUUUUCUGGACUUAUCACUGGUUUCGAAAAAGAAUUGGAAAAUGCUGAACCUUGGCUUCUUUCCCUUCUUUGUAUACUUGGUGUGGUUUUAAUUGUUUUGUUAUUCAUAAUUUCGUGGCAACCCAAGUCUUCAGUACAACUAACAUUUGCAGUUCCUUUAGUUCCUUGGAUCCCUGGCAUUAGUAUCGUAGUCAAUGUGUAUUUAAUGACGACUUUGCCAGCUCACACUUGGGAAUAUUACGGUUAUUGGAUGCUCAUAGGUUUUUUGAUAUAUUUCGCUUAUGGUAUUUGGAACAGUACCGAACAAAAGACUAGUAAGUGUUCCGGAACGAACAACGAAACUUUACCAGACGAUAUAAAACAAAACCAUUUGUAAACCUCAUUCCAACAUAAUUUAUUUAUUACCAAAACACAAAACAAUAAAGACAACAAACCAAA